AUGCAGAGACCUCAUCCCGAGGUCCACCGCCACCACAAGAAUAUCGAUAGCAAUUUAGAACAGCAACCGUUGAUAUUCUACCCGGCCUACACGUUCAAGGCUUCUGUAACGUGGUGGAAAUGGGUGAAACUCACCGCCCACGAGAUCCACUCCGUUCUCAACCCUCGUCCGCCAUACGUUGAAGUAACCACUUCCUCCAUACCGUCUGACCGCUACGAUGAGCACGGCCGCCACUACCGAGACGACCGACCCCUCCUGCUCUUCUACCUAAACCACCCGAUCCAGUUCGUCCAAGUUGUUGGUGUGGUCGUCGCGUUGGAGGACUACUUUGAGAAAUUCUGGCUGUUUACGAUCGACGACAGCAGCGGGGCGACCAUUGACGUGACGUGUCGAAAGCCAGAGAAAGAGACGGAGAAUAACACCCGCGAUGGAGGCAAACCCAGACCGGGACAAAAUGAGGCAACGUUGAAUCCCAAGGCUGACGAAGAACAAAGGUCUCUGGAUCCUACGGAACAACAAGCCCUCCGUGCAUCCAUGUCAGCUCUCCAAAUUGGGACGGUGGUCCAGGCCAAGGGCACGCUUUCGGCCUUUCGUUCCGUGCGCCAAUUAACCCUCCUUCGCCUGAACAUUGUCCCGGACACGACCCACGAAAUGGCAUUAAUCUCAUCACGGACACAGUUCUUGAAGUCGACGCUUUCAAAGCCGUGGGUCGUGACGCCAGAGGAGCAGCAGAAGCUACACUGGGAGGCGCAGGGCGAACGGGACGAGGAGAACAAGCACGCCGCAAGGAGGAGAAAGAGGAGCAUCAAGAGACGCGAAAGGGAGGCGAGACAUGCUCGACUGAUUAGGGAGGAAUAUGAGAAGGAGGAAGAGGAGAGAAAGAGAGGAGCAGAGGAGGCAAGAAGUGCGGGCGAGGCCAUGUACGCUGCUGGCACUUAA